AUGCCCUCCUGGUUGACAAUCGUAGGGCUGACACUCGCUGCCUCUGUGAAGAGUGUAUCCUCGUAUCCAGCUGGCAAUGAAGCUAAUGAAGGGGCGCUUGCGUCGCCUAGCGAAGUACAUUACCAUCCUGGGCUUUCUGGCUCACCUCUUUCGCCUUCGAACUACAAAUUGGAUCCGGAUUUCAUGGAUUACCUUUGGUCCGAGCUCGGAGUGAACGAUGAAGGCCAGUCGUCCCACGUUGGCCCAGAAGCUGAUACCAGCCAUGACUACUGGCCACAUCCUCACAUGGUCGACGAGCAUUUCGUUUCGACACACGGAAGUAACCCCUUUUCAAACUUUCAUGCUCCCAGCCACCACACGUUUCAACCCGGCCAAUUAGACGCGCCAUCUGUAAAUGACCUGCUCUCAGGCGGAAGCGCUGUUCAGCUGGAGAGCGCGUCGGGAUCGCAGCCAGCAACGAAGCCGCAAAAAGUGUUGCAUGUCGCCGCAGCGCAGAGACAACUCUCUAUUGUGCCUGCGGAAGCACAAAGGCUUGAGAAAGCGCUCUUGAGCUCCCAUCGAGCGAAUACUGCCCAAGCCACUGAUCAUGGCACAAGUUCUGGCCAGGUGCACCCUCCUCUACAAGAUAACAGAGAGACUGAUGUAAGCAUCUCCAGAGCCGAAGCGGCCCAAAAAGCAAGCACUUGGUUCUCACAGCACAGCCCGAUUCAAAUAUCUUCAGUGUCGAGCGAUGAUCGAAACAUUCAAUCUCUGGGGCAUGCACAAGACUUCGAGUCAAUCACCACUACAUCCUCAGACACGCCGAAUCGUCCCGGAAUCAUUAAAGUGCCUCAAGAUAUGGCGAGGCCCACAGUCGGAAAGAAGCGUCGUCGCAAAGGGAAGGAUACGCUGUGGCAUCGCAAAUUGCCUCAGCAGAUAAAAUCCUUGGAGAGCUCCACGCCUCCCUUCGAACGAGGACUACGGGAGCGUGUUCCUUACAUGUGGCUCGACUCAGCAGCGAUGAAAAAUUUCAUCAAUACCAAGUAUUUUGCUGGAAAGCUGCAUUGGGUGAGCCAGGACACGUUGCCGAAAUCAACAAAGAACAUGUAUCGAGGUGCAUCCCUUCAGGCUAGUCGUCUUCUUCCUGACACGGGAUCCUUCCCCAUCGCACUUAAGCCAAAUCAAGGUAUCAUCAGAGGUAUUAGGAUGACGACACACGGAGGAAAAUUUGCCCAUGCCCCCCACACACAGGAUCAGACUUUUGACAAGAGUCGCGUGCUUUACAGCUUCUGGGGAGUACCCGAGGGUAGGAAAGGCUUGUCUCAAGGUCCUAUUUUUAACUACGGAACGGGAUACAUCGAGUUGUCUGAUUUUGAUGAUGUAGACGCGCACCUCGAAAAGCUCAAAGCAGACUUGAAGAAGAUCACAGAAGUGGUCUCAGAGAAAGGAGGCCAAGUGACCGAAGGGUCUCGAGUGCACAUCUAG